GUGGAACCUCAACCCAGCAUGUUAUCAUGAUAGAGUCUGCAGAUGCAGAGGCUGCAGGUCCUGGGGUCAAGCAGGAGAGGACUAAAGGAGAGAAGGAGCCACAGCACAGCGGAGACAUCCAGACUGGAGCGCCCCCUGUAGCCACGGAGGACCCCACCUCCGCCCCAGCACCAUCCAGGACCCGACCCAGCAUCACGGAGGUCAGUGGAACGCCGAACGCCGUCCUCAAGUCAGAGACAGACACGGAGACAUUAACUGCAACACACAGGCUCUUACACACAGGAUCUGACCACAGAUCAGACCCAGAGAGACUUGGGCUGGGGCCAUUGGGCUGUCCUUCUCCCGGUUCAGAGUACUUACCAGUAUUUCACCAGAGCAAGAGGACGGCUCAUUCCUGUGGAGGCGGUGAUGGUGACACGUUAGACACUGGUGUUGAUGUUCCGUCUUGUUCUUACGCUACAGAGAUGGACUCUGACAACAUGCCCUUGGGUUUAGACACACAGGCUGAUCUGUCAAGAGGGGACUGGAACCAUUACACUAGUAGUCUAUACUCUGAAGGGUCCCUAGAUAAGAAAGGGGAGGUUAUAGUCAUAGAUGAAGUGAAAGUGGAGGGCGACUCUCCUCUGACCUUGAAUGCAGACAAGACUCACUUAGGGGAAGGACACUCACAAGACAGAGAUUUCUUAGAUUACAGGGAAAGCUUAGAGACAAAUCCCAAUGUUGCGGCCCACUCCCCUUUACACACGCUCAGGGAUCGUGACCCAGUGUCCACGUUGAUGGGUCCUUCCGAUUCACAGGGCUGCGUCCUUUUCGAUCAGGUAUUGAACUCAAAAGACCAAAGGGCUGAGGGGAGGGGAGGGGGAGCAACAUCAAACAAUAGUAAAGAUAAACGGUUCCUCUGCAUGUUCUGUAACAAAGGCUUCAGCUGCCUCCAGAAGGUGGAGAUCCACCAGAGGGUCCACACAGGGGUGAAACCCUUCAGCUGUACCCAGUGUCACAUGCGUUUCGCUGAGGCUGGCAAUCUGAAGAGGCACCAGAGGGUCCACACUGGGGAGAAACCCUUCAGCUGUACUCAGUGUCAUAUGCGCUUCUCCCACUCGUCCAGCAUGAAGAGGCACCGGAGGGUCCACACAGGGGAGAAAUAUUAAAGCUGCCCCGAGGGAAAACCUUUCUUACACAUCAGAACUACCUGAAGAUGCACCUUCAGGUCCACAUGGGUGAAAGGCUGUUCACCUCCACGCAAUGUGGGAAGAGGUUCUCAGAGAGGAGCUACCUCAGGAUACACCAGCAGAAAAAACAUUUCACUAAAUACCUUCUGAUCAAACCCUGCAUUAAAGACAAAGAUACAUUUUCAGUAUUGUCAGCAGAAAAGAUCCACAGAUGCAUUUGGAAUGACGAGUGACAGAUUUCAGUGUUCAAUAUUCUUGGGUAGAAUAUUGCAUCCAGACAUUGUGAUAUAUAAGGCAUAUUUAAACCUAAAAAGUCUGUUACAUAUUGUGUAGGCUAUAUGAUGUAUAUUACUUCCAUUCAACUACUUCAUUUUUUCCCCAAGACAAUUGUAAUGAGAAAAUGAUUGCUUUUUACAAAAGUUUAGGGCUGUCCCUGACUGAAUUUUUUUAUUUUUUUUAAAGUUAGUCGACCGAGAGUCGUCUGUUCUUUCGACAAUCGAUUGGUAGACAUUUUUUACAUGUAUUUUUUCAUACAUAGUGUUUUAAUAAAAUCAACUGUAUGCACUGAGAUUGUGUGAUGCUUUAAAGGAGAAUUGCACCUGAUAAUUUGGCCUUGUUUUUUGGCUUGCUCCUCAAGAAAUGCUGGUGGUCAUGACAGAAGCCAAAUGUGAGUUGGCUUGGGGGUGUGGUUUGAUGGGGGUGUGGUUUGAUGCUGGUGUUUGUUUGUCCUUGCCACCACCAAAACACACCCCUCUGUCAGAACCCUGCCCACAGCUGUUUCCCCCCCACUCAGUUUCAACAAACAAACCUCCUGCAGAUUGAGCUCAAUAACUACAGGCAGAUAUAGAGAAGCUUUGAAUAGAUCAGCAGCCUGAAGAGUAACAUGAGAUGAAUGAAAUUGCAAAAUGUAUGUAUAUAUUCUGAACUAAGUGUUUUGAUAACUUUAAGAUGUAGUCACAGGUCCAUGUAGAAUAAACAACACUUCACAUAAUACCAGAAGCAGUGUUCUGCUGAUAUAGCAAUGUGAACCUUUCAUCUUUUGUCGUUCCCAGCCGAUACAAAUACUGUGCCUAUCUGCAUUUUGUCUGGUGGUAUUGGGGCUACCUUAGCAAACAUGGCUGAGUGGCCAUACAUUCCUGUGUGGUGUCCUGUUCACAACAGGAG